AUGAUGGAUAGAGAUUCAGAUAGUAUUUCAGUUAAUUCUGAAGCUCCACAACAAUUUUAUAAUGAUAAUCAAGAUGCACAAAGUCAACUAUCAUUAGGUACUGUGCCUACCAAUAAUACAAAUAGAUUAACCAAAACAAGAACAGAAACUUAUGAAUCAUUACAUGAAAAAGGGAUUGAAUCAGAAAUUCCAUUACCAGGUGUUAAUAAAGCUCCAGUUCAUGAUCCAAUAUUUCCUGAAGAAUAUACUAUGGAAACCGAAACCGGGUUAGUUAAAGUUGAAACCUUACAAAGUUUAGGUAGAAGAAGAUUAAGCAGAGUAGCUAGUUCAAUUUUAGAUUCUGGUGAUGGAGAAGAGAAACUUGAAGAAGAAAGUGAACAAUUCCAAGGGGAAAAGGAAUUGGAUCCGGAAAUUGAAUUGGUCACUUUUACUAAAGAUGAUCCUGAAAAUCCCGUCAAUUGGUCCAUGAGUUAUAAAAUUCUUUAUACUUUAAUAUUAUCUUUAUUGGUUAUUCAAGCUGCUUAUGGUUCAUCAUCUUUAGCUGGUGGUUUACCUUUAAUUAAUGAAAAAUUUGGUGUGUCAACUGAAGUCUCAACUUUAAGUGUUAGUUUAAUGGUUAUGGGGUUCUGUGUGGGUCCUUUGGUUUGGGCUCCUUUAAGUGAACAAAUAGGUAGAAAACCAGUUUAUGUGAUUUCUUUUGGUUUAUAUGUUAUAUUCAAUAUUCCAAUCGCUGUUGCUAAAAAUAUUGGUACUGUUUUAGUUUGUAGAUUUUUAUGUGGUUGUUUUUCAUCAUCUGCUUUAACUAUUGUAGGUGCUUCCAUUUGUGAUAUCCAUGAUGUAACAAGAGGUUUCGCUAUUGCAGUGUUUAGUUUUUGUCCAUAUUCUGGUCCAGUAUUUGGUGGUAUUGUUAAUGGUUUUAUCAGUGUAGAUACUGGUAGAUAUGAUUUAAUGGUUUGGGUCAACAUGGCAUUUGCCGGUGUUAUGUGGAUUUUAGUUUCCUUAGUACCUGAAACUUAUGCUCCAGUAAUCUUGAAAAAUAGAGCUAAAAAAUUAAGAAAAGAAACUGGUAAUCCAAAAAUUAUGACUGAACAAGAAGUUAGUCCUUUGACUUUGAAAGAAUUAGCUAAUGAAAAUUUAAUUAUGCCAUUAAAAUUCAUUGUUCAAGAACCAGUUUUGGAUUUAAUUUGUGCUUUUAUUGCAUUGAUUUAUGCUUUAUUAUAUGCAUUUUUCUUUGCUUAUCCUGAAAUUUUCGGUAAAUUGUAUGGAUAUGGUUUAGAUAAAGUCGGUUUGAUGUAUAUUCCAAUUUUAAUUGGUGCUGGUUUAGCUUUAGUUUUCACUGUCUUAUUAGAAGGAAGAUAUAAUAAAUUAAUUAGAACUAGAAAACCAGAACCAGAAGAUAGAUUAAUGGGUGCUAUGAUUGGUGCUCCUUUCCCUGCUAUUGCAUUGUUUAUUCUUGGUGCUACGUCAUUCAAACAUUUAAUCUGGGUUGCUCCUGCUUCUUCAGGUAUUGCAUUUGGUUUUGGUAUGGUGUUAUUAUAUUAUUCUUUAAAUAAUUUCUUAUUGGAUAUUUAUGCUACAAAAGCUGCUAGUGCCUUAGGAACUAAAGUUUUCUUAAGAUCUUCAGGUGGUGCUGCGUUCCCAUUAUUUGUAGGUCAAAUGUAUCAUAAAUUAGGCCUUCAAUGGGCAAGUUGGUUAUUAGCUUUUAUCUCAUUAGCUAUGAUGUUCAUUCCAUUUGCAUUUUAUUUUUAUGGUAAAAAAUUAAGAUCAUCAUUAUCAAAACACGAUUAUUCUGCCAAAUUACAACAAAAAUUUGAUUGA